AUGGCUUCUUUCUCAGCCAAAAUCCCUGUUCUCAUGCAGCUCUCAAUGCUUCUGCUCAUAAGCUCAUCAGUUUUUGCUGACGAGCAUGAACAUUCCAAAUGGCCAGCACAUCCACCAGCUGAAGCCCCUGAACACCACAAGGGUCACCACCACCACCACCACCACCACCACCCCCCAACCUAUCCUCCAGUGAAGCCUCCGGUUCAUCCACCGGUUAAGCCUCCAGUGCACCCUCCCGUGAAGCCUCCAGUUCAUCCACCAGUGUACCCUCCCGUGAAGCCUCCAGUUCACCCACCGGUUAAGCCUCCAGUGCACCCUCCCGUGAAGCCUCCGGUUCAUCCACCAGUGUACCCUCCCGUGAAGCCUCCAGUUCAUCCACCGGUGAAGCCUCCAGUACACCCACCGGUUAAGCCUCCAGUACACCCUCCCGUGAAGCCUCCGGUCCAUCCACCAGUAUACCCACCCGUGAAGCCUCCAGUUCAUCCACCGGUUAAAGCCUCCAGUGCACCCUCCCGUGAAGCCUCCAUAUACCCUCCCGUGAAGCCCCCAGUUCCUCCAGUGCACCCUCCCGUGAAGCCUCCGGUUCAUCCACCAGUAUACCCUCCCGUGAAGCCCCCAGUUCAUCCACCGGUUAAGCCUCCAGUGCACCCUCCCGUGAAGCCUCCGGUUCAUCCACCAGUAUACCCUCCCGUGAAGCCCCCAGUUCAUCCACCGGUUAAGCCUCCAGUGCACCCUCCCGAGUUGUUUUAUUGCAAGACCUGCAGUUAUGCUGGUUUUAAUCCCAAGGAAGCUAUGCCUCUCCAGGGUGCUGUGGUGAGUGUUAGAUGUCAGAAUACCCGGUUUAAGCCUGUGGUGGCAGAAGGCAAGACAGACAAGAAUGGUUACUUCUUGAUCGUGCCAGAGAUGGUGACCAGCCUCGCUUCCCAUACUUGUAAGGUGUAUCUAGUGAAAUCGCCCUCCCUGAAGUGCAGCGCUCCGACAAAUCUCAAUUAUGGAUCGGAGGGAGCAAGCUUAAUUCCAAAUCCAGCUCACAAGCCCAAUCCUUUGGGACCAAAAUAUGCUCUGUACAAUGUUGGACCUUUUGCCUUUGAACCGGCAAAGCCGACCCCAUGCCGUCGUUGAGAUUCCUCCAGCAUUGAUCUCUGAAUUGUCAAGUCUUCAGUAUUUCAGCCAUGUCAAAGCCUAUGAAGUGUGUUACAGCUCUCCUUUUUUUUUUGUUUUUUGGUUAAAUUUGGGUCCUGCUCUUUAAUAAGUUAUGCCCACUGUUAAAAGUGCCAGUUUGCAGUGUGGAAAUUGAAAAAUGUUUGAUAGUCUUCCCUUCUUCAGUUGGGCUUAUUGUUUGAUAUGUUCAGAAUUACUACUGUAUUCUCAAGUUGUAUUGAAAUAUUUUAGAAUGUAAUGCUAUCGUAUUAAAAUAGUACUGUA